UACGCAAAUAUAAGUGGUAUGAUCUCAAAGGUCGGGAGACUAAAGUCGUGGUGGGAUUUACAGGGAAACGCUGUCAAUAGAGGCUCAAAACCGGUACUUUUCAAAAAUUACUUUAAUCAACGACGUCGACUGGCAUGGAGCAACAAUUUGGACGAUCUGCACUCGUUGACUAUAUGCAACAAAUUACUACCAAGUGAACGCCAACGCAAUCCCAAACAUCCCAAGACAAUGAUAAGAGGCAAUUCAGGUCACGACGAACAACUGCAAAAGAAAAUGAGGUGUCCCGCAGAUGUCACUGUAGAAGGUCUUCACCAUGAGAAGCACGAUCCCCUCCACGUCAAAAAGGAAGAGGAGUCCGAGAUGCCUUACAUCAAACAGGAGGCAGAGCCAGAGACCCCCGACAUGAAAGAAGAAGACCAGGAAGUUGAAAUCCCCAUGUUUCCAAUGGGUGUCAGUGGGAAAAGCGAAGAAAACGAAGGUCCGAGCGGAGCAGCGAACCCUUCGAGCGACAGCUCAUUUCAGCACGUGACAACAAAAGAAGAGGGACGAUCGCAACCGGAUGGCCUUUUAGCUCAGCUGUUGGACAGCGAUGACAUAAUGUCACAUUCUUCUGACUUUAAUAAUAAUGAUGAGGAGGAGGAUGACUUUGUCCAAAAUGCUUCAAAAUCUUUAAACAAGUCGUCAUUGAAAGGAAACGCAAAGGAAUGCGCGGAUGUGAAACAUUUUCCCUGCUCAAUCUGUGAUAAAACAUUUUCUUGGAAAUGUGAUUUAAAAGUACACAUGCGUACACACACCGGGGAGAAGCCUUUCGCCUGCACAUCUUGUGGUAAACGAUUCUCCCUUAAGGGAAAUUUAUCCAAACACACACGCAGACACACUGGCGAGAAGCCUUUCCCCUGCACACUCUGUGAUAAAAGAUUUACUCGGAAGACUACUUUAGAAAUACAUAAGCGUACACACACUGGAGAAAAGCCUUUUGCAUGCACACUUUGUGGUAAAAGAUACGCUCAGAAAGGAAAUUUAGUAACGCACAUAAGCAGACACACUGGAGAGAGGCCUUUUGCCUGCACGCUUUGUGGUAAAAGAUUCAUCAUGAAGGAAAGUUUAAACAAACACACAAGAAUCCACUCUGGAGAGAAGCCUUUCCCCUGCACAUUUUGCGAUAAAAGAUUUUCUCAGAAGACUAGUUUAGAAAGACAUAAGCGCACACACACUGAAGAAAAGACUUUUGCCUGCUCACGUUGUGGUAAAAGAUUCGCUCAGAAGACUGAUUUAGAAAGACAUAAGCGGACACACACUGGAGAAAAGCCUUUUUCCUGCACACUUUGUGGUAAAAGAUUUUAUCAGAAGACCGAUUUAGAAAGGCAUAAGCCCAUACACACUGCAGAGAAACCUUUCGCCUGCACACUUUGUGGUAAAAGAUUCAUUAAGAAGGAAAGUUUAAACAAACACACAAGAAACCACACUGGAGAGAAGCCUUUUGCCUGCAUAAUUUGUGGUGAAAGAUUUGCUCAGAAAGGAACGUUAGUAACGCACACAAGCAGACACACUGGAGAGAAGCCUUUCGCCUGCACACUUUGCGAUAAAAGAUUUUCUCAGAAGUCUAAUUUAGAAAGACAUAAGCGUACACACACUGGAGAAAAGCCUUUUGCCUGCUCACAUUGCGGUAAAAGAUUCGCUCAGAAGACUGAUUUAGAGAGACAUAAGCGCACACACACUGGAGAAAAGCCUUUUGCAUGCUCACUUUGUGGUAAAAGAUUCGCUCUGAAACGAUUUUUAGUAACGCACGUAAGCACACACACUGGAGAGAAGCCUUUGAAUAUCGUCGUGUGACAAAAUGUUCUGAUUCCUGUAUUUACAGUGGAAAAAGCAUUCCAAUUUCCUUAUUCAGUUUCCCUUGAGCCUCUUUUGAAAAAGUUGUUGAAUGACAUUGACUCAUUUAUCCGUUCAAUUGGCUGACAUACUGAUAUCUGAUCAGCAGAGAUAGUUAGCUCUGAUUGGUUCAAAUGUGCAUGUUUUCUGGAACAGCCCCCCAAAAAAAUGGUUGAAUUGAUGCGGAAAAAAAGGGCAAUGCAACAUAAAAUGGAUCAAAUAUUCAAGAGCAACGAAAGAGUUGAGGAGGCUUAUUUAUCAUAUUUAGUAUUAUUUGCUCCGAUGGGGAGGUUUCGAACAUCUUCGCUGUCAAUGUGCACUUUGGACUUGUAUUUGUUCAUUUAUGUUAGGCUACUUAUUCAUUUCCUUAUGAUUUAAAAAAGUCAAUGUUUGCAUGAUCUUCAAAAUAUAUUCCAUUUCCCCCUGCAUAAUAUGUCAUUUGUACUUAUUUUUCUGAAUGUAUGUUACUUAUAUCUUUAUUAUUAAAAACAUAAGUAAAUGUUUACAUUGAAUUUAAUUCUAAUAUACAUUCUAUGUUCUUAAGUAGUUAAAAUUGAUAUUUGGCAUUUAAUAUGUGAAGAAAUGAGGGGAAAAUAAAAAUUAGGAG